AUGAAUGGGAAGUUGAAGGCUAUGGAUGAACGGAUGGUGAACCUUCCUACAUUCCAAGGAGGUAGCAAUCCGAAAGAAUUCCUUGAAUGGAAAUUGCAAAGUGAGCGCAUCUUCCUCACGAACAAUGUUUCUGAGGCCUUAAAGGAAAAGUAUGCCCUCACUCAAUUCGAGGGAUACGCUUCUACUUGGUGGGAAUCCAAGAAGUUACAAAGAGCUCAACAACACAUCUAUGAUCUCCCAACUUGGAACGACUUGAUUGAGCUCAUGGAGACAAGGUGGCUUCCAUCCACAUACCACCAAGAUGCACUUAAAAGGUUGUACAUGUUGAAGCAAGGGUUAAAAAGCGUGGAAGCGUACUUUGAUGAGUUUGAGGACUUGCGGAUGAAGUCCAAGAUAGAAGAGCAUGAGGAGUACACUAUUAUAAGGUUUGUAGCCAACUUGAAUCGGGACAUCUCUAAACCGAUGAGGCUCAAGACUUAUAAUAGUCUUGAAGAGGCAUUCCAUGAUGCAUCCAAGGUUGAAGCGGAUCUAAAAGAAGAGAGGUCUUACAAAGACAAAAGCAAAAUAUCUUCAACUUGGAACCAAGGGAAAGAGAAGUGGAAGCCGUCCACUUGGGAGAAACCCAAGAUCACUACUCCCACUCCUCAAGCUAAGUUUGAUUACAAGGCUAGAGGAGGCGACCAAGCCAAAGGAGGUAAUAAUGCUAAACCUAACUUCCCUCGUCCAUCUACCAUUCAAUGUUUCAAAUGCCAAGGUAGAGGACAUAUUGCAAGUGAGUGUCCCAACCGGAGGACUAUCACUAUAGUGAGGGACGGGUAUCGAACCGAUGAUGAAAAUGAGGGCGUGGCUUUGAAUCAUGCUAUUGUUGCUCGAAGAUCCAUGGAAGCUCUAGCUAGGGAAGAGAGUGACCAACGGAAGAACUUGUUUCAUGCUAGGUGUAAGAUUUUGGACAAGGUUUGUUCCUUGAUAAUUGAUGGUGGGAGUUGCACUAAUGCGGUUAACCAAUUCUUGGUUGAAAGUAUGAAAGUUCCCACAAGAAAACACCCUAGCCCCUACAAGCUACAAUGGUUCAAUGAAAGUGGAGAAAUGCGGGUGACCAAGCAAGCGAUUAUCCAAUUAAGCAUUGGAAGAUAUUCGGAUGAAAUUUUAUGUGAUGUGGUACCAAUGCAAGCGUGCCAUAUUUUGCUUGGGAGACCUUGGCAAUUUGAUGUGGAUGCUCAACAUAGUGGGCGGACCAACAAGUAUUCUUUUGUGGUCAAAGGUAAAAAGUAUGUCCUUGCUCCAUUGACUCCCCAUGAAGUCCGUGAAGACUAUAGAGUCAUGAAGGAGUUACGUGAAAAGAUGAAAAAUGAGGAAAUGGUUGUGAGCGAAAAGGAGACCUUAGUUGCUCAAGGAGGACAAGGUUCGACCCAAGGGAAGAGUAAGAAGUGUAUGGUCGCUAGAGGAAUGUUAGGAGGGGAGGAAAGGUGUGGUGAAGAGAAGGACUUGGUGCCAAGUCAAGCUAACCCCUCUAACUUUUCUAUUCCUUCUAGUUGUCUUGUUCCUUUUGUAGGUACUUAUGUGGAUGAUCACCCCAAAGAGGACAUGGACCCGAGUUUCCAAGUUCCUUUGGAGGGAGGCCAAUACAAGGAACUUGACCAAAUUGACAAAGGUGAUGUGCUUCAACAAAGAGGUAACAAAGCUAACCCUUCUACUUUAGCAAAUGUGGAUCACUUUGUGCUUGAUGAACAAUUGAGUAGAGGUCAAGUUUUGCCUUGUGAUAGAAUUAGUGACCCUUUGUUAAUUGAUGAUGUCUCGGUGAAAAGUGCUUACACACUAGUUGAUCCUUUUGAUGACUAUAUUGGCUCUUCUUGCAAGAGUAAAUUGUGUCCAUCUAGUGGUAGCACUUGUGUUGAUAUUGAUCCUUUUGAGAGUGAACUUGCUUAUUUUGGAUGUGAUCUUGUGAUUGGGCAUACUCUCUUCAAGGAUGGUAAUUUGCUUGAUAGAGAUAUAUAG